AUGUUCGAAUGGGUGGAUGUUCCUUUCGAAUGGUUGAGCUCCUUGUUGGGUGUCCCCGGUGACAUUAUCAAAAUCCCAUUCUGUUUACUGUGUUCUUAUCCUUUUUCGGGAAUCCUCAAGCGCUUGCCUCAAGCUCCUCUGCUCCGUAAUGCGUUUUGUAUUCUCAUUGGUCUUAUCUACUUAAUUCCUGUUCACCAUUUGACUACUGGUACAUAUGUUCUCUUGUUCGAUGCUUUAUUUACUUACUUUACUGCUGCAUUGGUCCGCACUUCGUAUAUGCCAUGGAUAGUAUUUUUGGUCAUCCUUGGCCAUACAUUCUACAGUCAUGUAAUUCGCUAUGUCUAUCCUUCAGAUCGUAAUGACAUUACCGCUUCCCAAAUGGUGCUUUGUAUGAAAUUGACCGCCUUUGCAUGGUCUGUGCAUGAUGGUCGUCAAGCCGAAAAUGCCUUGUCGGAGUACCAAAAACAACGCCGUUUGAAGAAAAUUCCUAAUCUUCUUUUCUUUCUUGGCUAUGUGUUUUUCUUUCCUUCUGUUCUGGUUGGUCCUGCUUUCGAUUAUGUUGAUUACGAGCAUUUUAUUACUUUGAGCAUGUUUGAUCAUCCAAGAGAUCCUAUGGAAACGCAGAUUACUCCCCAUAGUCUAAAACCCGCUUUGGGUCGCUGCUGGCGUGGCGUUCUUUGGCACAUUGGCUUUCUUUUCGGUACCUCUCUAUUUCCGCUUAGUUUUCUCUUGGGUCGCGAAUUUGCUUCCUUUUCCUUAUUGAAAAAGUAUGGCUACGUUAUAAUAACGGUUUUUAUUGCACGUAUGAAAUUUUACGGUGCUUGGGAAUUGUCUGACGGUGCGUGCGUUCUUUCCGGUAUCGGUUAUAAUGGUGUAGAUGAAUUAAAGCGUCCCCGUUGGGAUCGUGUCAAAAACAUUGACCCCAUUGGCUUUGAGUUUGCUAGUAAUAUCAAGGGCGCCUUAGAAGCUUGGAAUAUGAAUACCAAUAAAUGGCUUCGAAAUUAUGUUUACCUACGAGUUGCCAAGAAAGGAAAACGUCCUGGUUUCAAGAGCACAUUAAGCACCUUUACAGUUAGUGCUCUAUGGCAUGGUGUCUCCCCUGGUUACUACAUGACAUUUGUUUCCGCUGCUUUCAUUCAAACCAUUGCCAAGUAUCAUCGGAGAUUUUUUCGACCCUUUUUCCUUCAACCAGACAUGAAAACUCCUGGUCCAUUCAAAAAGGUUUACGAUAUCGUUGGCAUAGUUGCAACAAACCUCUCCGUUUCUUAUCUGAUCGUUUCAUUUCUUUUGUUAACCUUGAAUGAAUCCAUUUAUGUUUGGAGCAAUUUGCACUUUUUGGUUCACAUUUAUACAAUUCUAUGUAUUGUUGUUUUCAAUAGCCCCGUCAAGGCGAAAUUAAAUAAAGUACUGAAGAAGCGUACAGAAAAAGCAGAAUUUGAAACUUACAAAACCCAAACGAAUUUUUCCGAUAAUGAUAUGGUUAAUAUGUCUAUCCCCGACCCAGAGGAUUUUACUCUUGCUCCGUCUACUUCCAAAUAG